AUAAUAAGUCUAACCAGUGUAUAAAAAUUUCUAAAGUUUUUCCCCACUAUCAUUGACAUAGUUCCUCUAGAUUCCUCUCUUCUUCUCAUUCAAAGACCUAAAAGACUAAAAAGAAAGAAAAAAUACCAAAAAAUGAUGUAGAGAUCAUCAUAGAUCUAGAAAAUCAACAAGAGCCGAUCCAAAUCCAUGGCUAGUCCUAGCAACAAAGGCAAAGGCAUCGCAGAAGGGUCACCGUCUCAAUCACAGCCACAACAACCGCGCUCACCUCCUAACCCACCAGCGCUAAGCCGGUACGAGUCACAGAAAAAGCGAGACUGGAACACGUUUUGUCAAUACCUUCGUAACCUGCAGCCACCGGUUCACGUCUCACAGUGCGGAUCUAACCACAUCCUAGACUUUCUCCAGUAUCUUGACCAGUUUGGAAAGACAAAGGUUCAUGUACAUGGUUGUGUUUUCUUCGGACAAGUUGAGCCCUCGGGACAGUGUAACUGUCCUUUAAAGCAAGCGUGGGGGAGUUUAGAUGCUUUGAUCGGACGGUUGAGAGCAGCUUACGAGGAGAACGGAGGGUUGCCGGAGAGAAACCCGUUUGCCAGCGGUGGGAUUAGGGUUUUUCUUAAGGAAGUGAGAGAUUCACAGGCGAAGGCAAGAGGAGUACCGUACAAGAAAAGGAAGAAGAAGAAGAAGAGGAAUCCUAUGAGGAGUCAUGAUGUUGUUGGAGGUGGUACUGCAGGGACUAGUAGCUCCAACUUGCCAUCUUAGCAAGCAAACAAAAAUAUAAUAAAAACAAAAGUGGAAUUAAUUAAUGUAGGCUUCUGCUAUGAUGUUAAUUGAUCUAGAAAAAGAGUCACCUGCAUGGAUUAAGGCGUUUCAAAGUAGACAAAUCAAAAUUUGAUUAAUUUUUAGUAUAUGUUGUGGCGAAUGAAAAAUUAGUUUGUAUGAUUAGAAUAAACAAGGCCUAAAAUUCACAUAUUGAGACUUCUAAUUUGAUCAGAUGUGUGAAACAGGAAUAUGAAUGAAUUAUUGAACUUGAUGCCUUUUCUUAAGUUACAAUUAUGUUUGAUUAGUUAAUGCUAUAUCACUUAUCUAUAUAUAAAGAUACAAUAUAUCAAGUAUCUUCUGUAUUAAGCAUCUAAUUUUGAGUUAAUUGUCUCAUAGUAAGAGCUAAACAAUCUCUCCAUAAUAGGUUUUGAUCACUUGUUCUUGAUAUUGGACUUGAGUUGACGGUACUCUUGGUUCCAGGAGCUCCAAGAGAUAAUUGCGAAUUGUUAAGCUGUACUGUAUUUUCCUAAAUUAAUGCCAUUUAUAGAGAAGCUAAGCUAAACGUAAUUAAUUCUUAUGACCAAAUGUCGAUUCUUGUGUAUUAGUUUAUUUUUUAUUUGAUUUUGAAAUCACUUGGAUCUAUGCAGGAUAUAUGUUGAAUUUGAAUUAAGCUGCUACCAAAAUUAUUCAGCAAUUUAACAUAUUAGAUACUCCCUCUGUUUUUUAAAGAUGUAUGUUUUAGGAAUUUUUUUUGUUUCAAAAAGAUGUAUUUUUCAUAUUUUCAAUGUAAUUUUUGUCAACUAAUUAUGAAUAAUUGUGAAUCUCAAAAACAUUAAUUGCAUUUCUUGAAAUUUUA